AUGCCUGGCCUCACUGCCGAGGCCGUGGCAGUGGACUUGUCGGAGUAUGUUCAGAUACAUCACUUUUAUCGGCAGCUGCGGGAAAGGGAGAGCACGAAGCCUCCCACCCACCUGAGGCGGAACCUGUCGUACAGGGAUCGCAGCCUGGAUCCCAUCUGCACUGAGCUGGAUGCCACCCACCUCAUCACCCUGGACAUUGGCUCGGGCGCCUUGGGCUGCACGCACCGCAGCUCCUCCAUCCUGCUCGCCGCCGUCUGCCUGCACACCCAGGAAGACGACGGGUACGUGCCCCUCCAUGCGGCGGUGGCCCUGGUGCCCGCCGGCCAGGCGGAGCACAGGACCCAGUUCAAGCUGCCCCUCAGCCUGCCGGCGGGGUGCAGCCUGGAGCAGCUGUACUGCGGGUUCGACGGGCAGCCGACAAACUGGAGUUUGGGCUGCGCCGAAAGACGCAAGAGGGCUGGCAGUGGACCACCAAACGCGUCACCUGCGGUGCGUCGCGCGGGCGGGAGGAAACGGAGGCGCGACGGGGGGCUGUACUGGAGCAGCAGUAGAGAGCAUGCUUCCAGCCGCCUCCUGCGCCUGGCUGUGGCCAUGUCUGCCAAGCGCAUGUUUGGCUCGAUCCUGCCCACCAAGGACGUCAAAUUCGGCUGCUUCCCGCUCACAGACGGCGCCUCGGGCCGGUUGCAGGGCCAGCUCCGGCUCUGGCGCUCCCGCGUGGUGCUGCGCACCUCCGGCGCCUUUGCCGCCUUCUCCCGCAGUGCGGCGACGGGCGGGCCCGAGGUGACCGUGGAGGCGGCCUUCCUGCUCUGCCCUGUGGUCAGCCUGGAGGAGGGCACCGGCGCGGGCGUGCACGGAGUGGGCCAGGCGUUCUUCCUUUCCUGCAAGGGCGCGCUGCUGGCCCAGCAGCCCAUCCUGGACUGGAGGUGCCCCGUCGGCGGCUGCCUGAUGCGGUGCCGGAAUGCACUGGCUCUCGAGCAGCAUCUUGGCGCCAGCCACGAGUACCUGGAGUGCUGGAGGCGGUCAAACAGCCCGACGCGGCACGAGUUCUACCUCCGCCCCAAGCCAGCCUACUUUGAUGGCAAGGGCGUGUUUGUCCCCGGGGACCUGCUCCACCCGCCGCCCCGCCACCUCGCCCGCCUGCUGGUCACCAGCUUCUGGGGCUUCCCCUUCGUCUACCACUGCUCCAGGUCCGCCCGCGCCCGGCGAUGGCAGGCGGGCCGGCUGCCCCUCGACGGCGAGGAGGUUGAGUACGAGGCGGCGGCGAAGACCAGCGCUCCGGGGCAGGCGGGGCAGGGGUCGUGCGGGGGCCGGCUCGGCGCGCCGCCCACCCCCGGCGCGUGCGACGCGCGGCAGGCGACGCCGACCUCGACGCCUGGCGGGCGGGGCCGCAGCGCGGCCGGCCAGGCCAGGUGCGCAAUGACCGCGGUCCCCGACUCCGUGGAGGUCGUGACCAUCCUCAGCGACGACGAGAGGGCGAGCUCAGGAGAUGAAAUCCAUGGUGGGGGAGUGGCGGCGGCGGAGGGAGAGGAUGGCGGCGGAGAGGUGGGGGAGGAGGAGGCGGGCGGCACGGCAGAGGCUGCGGGAGAGGAGGAGUUUGGCAAGGUGGCGGUGGGAGAUGAGGAGGUCGCCGGGGAGGCGGCGGCGGAAGCUGCAUUGGUUGCCAGAGAUGCGGUGGCGGACGAGGAGGGCGGCAAUGUGGCGGAGGCGGCGGAGGACGGUGAGAGUGAGUCGUUAGAGGAAGGGGAGCUCGUCGAGGCGGCAUGGCAGGAAGGAGAAAUCAGCGCUGCAGCAUCAGACAGGUGGGAGGUCUGCGACGUGGCGGAGGAGGAGGACGAGGACAGCGGCGACGCGAUGGAGGCGCAGGAAGCAGAGAGCAGCGGGGCGAUGGAGGCGCAGGAAGCAGAGAGCAGCGGAGCGAUGGAGGCGCAGGAAGGGGAGGGCAGCGGGGCGAUGGAGGCGCAGGAAGGGGAGGGCAGCGGGGCGAUGGAGGAGGAAGAAGGGGAGGGCAGCGGCGCAGAUGUCAUCACACUGGAGGGCGAGGGCGCGGCGGAGGAGGGCCGGGGCGACAGCGCGCCCGGCCCUGCGGCGGAGAAGUGCCGGACAUAUGUGCCCCUGACCGAGGAAGAACUGAAUGGGUGGCACGACUCCGACGAUGAAACCGAUGACGAGGAGUGGGAGGCUGCGACACGGCAGACCCUGGCCACCAGCACGGAGCUCGAUGCGGAUGAGCAGGAGUUUGCGCUGCUCUGGAACGUCUGGCUGCGAGUACACAAGCUGUACCGGGAUGCCGACAUGGCAGACACCUGCCGCGCUUUCUUCGCGCACUAUGUGGACCUCCAGGCAGACACCCCCAUGCGGCGCUGCUUCGUCUCGCACCUGCUCAUGCUCUGGUCUUACCGCCUCCUGUCCCCGGAAGACGUGCAGCGGGAAGAGGGCGCCAAGUCCCGGCCUGUCUCAGAAUAG